AUGGUCAAGACUCUGUUUCUGGUCAGGCACGGCGAGGCGCUGCACAACAUCGAGGAGCAGAAGGCCCGAAAGGCGGCCUCCGUCAGGGCAGAGGCCCAGGGCCUGGAGAGCGGCUCCGAGGCCUGGAAGGCCGCCGUGGAGGCGGCGAGGAAGGCGUGCCUCACGGCGGAGGGGCUGCGGGACGCGGCGCUCUCGGACGCGGGCAGGGCGCAGGCGGCACUCUCCAGGACGGAGCUCGAGGAGCUCACGAGCGCCUCCUCGGGCCUGCCGGCGCCGGCCCGCGUCCUGGUCUCGCCGCUGCAGAGGACUCUGCAGACGGCUGCGCACAUGUUCCCCGGGCACGGCGCCACCCAGGUCUGCGAGGACCUGCGCGAGCGCGAGACGUGCCUGCCGUGCGACACGCCCAGCCCGCCGCGGGACAUGAUGGGCUGCGAGCUGUUCUCGCACAUGGACUUCCGUGACCCGCUGGCGACCCGCGCGGUCGGUGGCCCCUGUGGAGAGGAUAAUGCUCUGCUGCGGCGGCGGAUUCGACGCUUCGUCCAGGAGGGCAUCGCCACCAUGCAGGAGGACGUGCUGUGCCUCGUGACUCACAAGGCGUACCUCCGUGAGCUGGAGCGAGGGGUUCUCGGCCAUCCUGGGGCCUCGGAGUUCGGGUGUGGCGAGGUGCGCGUCUACGACGUGGCCCUCGCCGCGGACGGCACCGUCGCGGCCGUCCUGCGCCACAGCCGGGCGUGCCCCUGGGAGCCGCCGGCGGCAGAGGAGCCCCGCCCGCGGUCGCCGCAGGCGGGCUACACCGGGUGCGUCCCGCAGAGCCCGCCGUCGCCGGUGGCCAGGGAGUCUGCCAGGCCGUUCGAGGGCAGCAUGGUGCAGGUCUUCUAG